CUGCGAUUCCGUACCUUCCACUUCCAGCCUCUACCUCAAAUUUCUAAAUUGCUUGCAUCUCUCCUCUCUCAAACUUUUCAAAACAUUUCAGAGCCUUCAAUGGCCACUUCUCGUUAUCUUUCUCUUUCUCUCGCACCUUCUUCUUCCACUCAGCUUCUCCCUCCUAAAUUCUGCAACUUCUCAUCCUCAUUCUCCCCCACCGCCAAUAACAGCAAUAUCUGCUCAUUAACUGGUUUGAAAUCGAAAACGAGACGAAGAAUGUCGUCUUUGCAGCCGCUGUCUUCCCGUGUUGCCACCCCUGCAGAUCUUGUCCGCGUCGGAGAGGACCUACCCGAUAACUACGGAGAUUGGUUUCCGAAGAGGGAUCCGAAGCAGAGGAGAAGAGCUGGAAUUUUGCUUCAUCCGACGUCGUUGCCUGGGCCGUACGGUAUCGGAGAUCUCGGUGGAGAGGCCUUCCGUUUCCUGGAUUGGCUUCAUGAAGCAGGUUGCUCAGUCUGGCAGGUUCUUCCUCUUGUUCCUCCUGGAAGGAAGGCUAAUGAAGAAGGAUCGCCUUACUCUGGCCAGGAUGCAAACUGUGGCAACACCCUUUUGAUUUCUCUAGAAGAGCUCGUUAAGGAUGGUUUGUUAUUGAAGGAGGAGCUUCCGAAACCAAUCAGGGAUGCUGAAUGUGUGAAGUAUUCAACUGUUGCUGAUGUGAAGGAUCCUUUGUUAGCCAAGGCUGCAGAGAGGCUCAUUCUAAGUGAAGGGGAACUUAAAAAUGAGCUUGAAGAUUUCUGUAGAGACCCAGAAAUAUCAGGUUGGCUUGAAGAUGCUGCUUAUUUUGCUGCCAUGGACAAUUCUCUAAAUACGUUCACUUGGAAUGAGUGGCCUGAACCUUUGAAGAAUCGCCAUCUUAUGGCCUUGGAAGAAAUUUACCAAAGCCAGAAAAAAUUUAUAGACUUAUUCAUUGCACAACAGUUCUUAUUUCAAAGACAAUGGCGGAAAGUUCGCAACUAUGCACAGAAGAAGGGUAUCAAGAUAAUGGGAGAUAUGCCUAUUUAUGUAGGUUAUCACAGUGCAGAUGUUUGGGCAAAUAAGAAACUAUUUUUGCUGAACCGAAGUGGCUUUCCUCUUCUUGUUAGUGGUGUUCCUCCAGAUGCUUUCAGUGAAACUGGACAGCUGUGGAACAGUCCUCUUUAUGAUUGGAGAGCCAUGGAGGAAGAUGGAUAUUCUUGGUGGAUACGGAGGAUACGACGUGCAUGUAAUCUGUUUGAUGAAUUCAGGAUAGACCAUUUCCGAGGAUUUGCUGGCUAUUGGGCUGUUCCUGCAGAAUCAAAUAUUGCAAUGUUUGGGAAAUGGAAGGCUGGACCAAGAAAGGCCUUAUUUGAUGCAAUCUUCAGAGCUGUUGGACAGAUAGAUAUAAUAGCAGAAGACUUGGGAGUAAUCACUGAGGAUGUUGUCAACCUUCGGAAAGCCAUUGGAGCACCUGGGAUGGCCGUCCUCCAGUUUGCUUUUGGAAGCGGUUCAGAUAACCCUCAUCUGCCUCAUAAUCAUGAGCAUGAUCAAGUGGCUUAUACUGGGACCCAUGAUAAUGACACAGUUCGUGGUUGGUGGGAAAACUUGAAGCAGGAAGAGAAAUCCACUGUUCUGAGGUAUCUUUCAAUGACUGAAGAAGAUGAUAUCUCAUGGGCACUGAUUCAACUUGCAGUAUCAUCAGUGGCCCAAACUACUAUAAUACCCAUGCAAGAUAUCCUUCGGUUAGGGAGUUCUGCUAGGAUGAACACUCCUGCAACUCAGUUCGGAAAUUGGAGUUGGAGGAUACCUAGCUCAGUGAGCUUUGACCACUUGAAAUCGGAAGCUGAACAGCUAAAAGAUAUGCUGUCAAAAUAUGGGAGGCUGUGAAUAAGGGGAGGGGGAGUAAGCUGUCCAUACAUAUGCGGUCAUCAUCUUUGAUUCCAUAUGCCAAUCACAAAUACUCUGUGCUACUGUACUCAUGCAUAAUAAUUAUUGAGCCAAAGUGAUAACUUGUACCAUAAAUGAAUAAUUAGAAUUGACAUUUCUUUGAAUAAAUUUGGCUCUUUUCAU